AUGGGAGCUGAACACUCGAAGGACAAGCAUCAGAGAAGAAUGUUUUUGCUGAGGAAAGGUCAGAGACUUCCUGCAUGGGAAGAAGCUCUUAUCUCAGGAAAAGAUCCAAAGUCACUGCUGAAGCGUGGAUUGCGUUAUGUCAGUGUGAGCCUCAUAAUGAAGGGGAUGACAAAUGUGCCUGAUUUUUUGUGGGGCUUGUCAGAGGUGCAGAAAUUGAACCUUUCACACAACCAGCUGGUGGUUCUUUCUCCGGCUUUGGGGAAACUAGACAGAUUAGCAGUGCUGAACUUGUGUGGCAAUCGCCUCAAGUGUCUGCCUAACGAGACCGGGCUACUCAGAAACCUGAAGGUUUUAUUUGUCGAUAUGAAUUGCCUGAGUGAAGUGCCAGCAGAGCUCAGUCUGUGCACAAAGCUGGAAGUUUUGAGCCUUUCGCACAAUUGCAUCUCACAACUCCCUUCAAGCUUCACUGAUUUGACAAACCUAAGGAAGCUGAAUCUGAGUAACAAUCGUUUUGUUCACAUCCCCUUAUGUGUUUUUGCAUUGAGGGGUUUAGAUUUCUUGCACUUAGGCUCCAACAGACUUGAAAACAUUGCAGAAAGUGUCCAGUACCUGGUAAACUUGCAGAUCUUUAUUGUAGAAGAUAACAAUAUUCGCACCUUGCCACGGUCUCUCUGCUCCAUCACUGCACUUGAGUUACUAAAUGUAGCUUACAAUUCUAUUCAGACCCUUCCACAUGAUCUCUAUCUGCUGCACAGAUUGCCAAAAAUUGCUUGGAAUCCAAUGGAUAAAGGGCUCCAUAUUUCACAUAACCCAUUGUUCAGACCACUGCCAGAGAUUGUAGAGGGAGGACUGGAUGUGCUCUUCAACUACCUUAAAGAGAAAAAGCAACACAACUAA